AUGAAACGACCACGGAUUGAACCUCGCUUUGCGAUCUUGGGGAUCGUAAUUGUUGCGGUGCUAGCUACUCAGCUGGGUGCUGUUUACGGAGGCAGGUAUAGCAUGAAACUGAGUGCGCUUUCCUCCCUUUCGUCACGGCAAACAGAAGAUCUUACACCUAAACGUGCUUUGAAUGAUGCCGACUGGAAGGUGAUCAGAGAAAUGGAGGCGUUCAAGCUCACGAAAGAACAACACAGACUUUCAGACGACCGGCAACUGGAGGUCCUUCGCGAGGAAGCCAAGUACGAAUUGGUUUUGAAAGAAAAACUUAAGGAGAUCUCCAAGACCUACGAGGAGCUAAGCGCAAAUAAACCAGGCAUAAUCAAAGUCGAUGUGAAAGUUCAGGAUCUACGUGAUGGAUCAACAGGAGCUUUCCAAAAGCUUAUUGAUAAGUUUUUCGAGGUGAUUGAAAGCAAUAGAGUUCCAAUAGAAAACAGAAAUCCAAAAAUAGAAUGUUCAACGGAGCCACACGACCAAUCCUCGCUUGAUGUCUCGUACCCGGCAGAAUCCAUAAGAAACCUUGCUAAGGCACAUAAGAAAGUUGUUGAUUCAAUUCCGGGAAGUUGUCCGUUCCCAGACAUGUUCCAUAAUAAUGGGUAUGUGAUGCUUGGAGGCGGCUUCGAUUCGUGGCUAUCCUUACUGGGAGUUAAAUUCCUGAGACGUUCAGGAAGUACUUUACCCGUGGAGGUCUUCCUCAGAAGUAAGGAGGACUAUGAUGAAUCCUUGUGUGAGGUUACUUUCCCAUCUCUGAAUGCAAAAUGUGUGAUGAUGCCAGAUCGGUUUGGACAGAAAAACACAGAGAGACUGAAAUCGUUGGAUAAAUCGCAAUUGUCCACCCUUUUAGUUCUUGCAUCCUCGUUCCAAAGAGCUCUUUGGCUGAGCAAUGGAGUGUUCCCAGCUGUUUCUUUGGAUUACUUGUUUGACAACUGGAUGGUUCUUGAAUACGGUCUGAUCACAUGGAGAAACAAGUAUGCCACCAGUCUGAACCCAGCGUACUUUGAAGUUGCCAGACUUCAUCCUCGCUCUUAUAGAAACACAGCAGAUCACAGUGCUUGGUUCAUCAACAAGCAGUACAACUUUGAUAACCUCAUGCUGGCAGCAUACUACGAUAUUGAAGGUAAAGAGAGUUACUACAAUCUGUUCAGUCAAACAAAAUGUGAAGCAGGUGUAAAGGACUCGAUCAGCUACGCUACGCUAUUUUUCAACAAGAGAGAAUUCAGAGCAGACCAUUUACGUGAUUUGGGUGGACUUCGCGUGCAGUAUGAUCCAGUUGAAGAGUUUGAAUCUUUGUUGGAGGAUGGAUCUCAUACGAUUCGGCCGUUAUUUUAUGAGAUUGAUGGCUCAAGACUUGAUCCUGAGAAACUCGUCACUCCUGGUAGAGUUUUCGGAAGUCAAGAGCUUACCUAUGAUCUGGAUCUAUUUUUGCUGGAAACUAUGGAUCUCUACGUCUGCGAGAGCAAACACAGUCUAUUCCAAGAUACAGAGAAAUACUGUAAAGAUUAUGUCCCACAACAGAGAAGCUUGCUAACAGAAAAGGAGCUCACUUUGGUGAGUUCCGAGGAACGCGGUUUGAUCAAGAGACCAGAAGAGACUGCGGAUCAUAUCAAACAACAGGCUCAUGAUCAAGUGUUUAGUUCCUUGAGUGGAGUUGAGAGGCUACCAGAUAUAUAA